AAUAGCAGGUAAUUUACUCUCAAUAGUUGAAGACUAGUCCCAGACUAACUUUAAUAUCAAAGGUGUCUUGAUCAAAAACAAUUUAACCUGACAUACACUGACUGAAUAAGAUCAUUGCCAUUGUUUUGUGUCGAGAUGCACACCAAUAAUGUAUUUUGUUUGGUAUGUUUUUAGAACUACUUAAAUAUCCCAAUUUAACUAAGGCCUGGUCCUGAUUUAAACUAAUCUCUGUCCCGGAAACCAUCCCAAAGUGUUUUAGUGGUCAAUGCAAACGCUUUAUACGCGCGCCCUCUGCUGGUUAAUGUGAGAUAUUACAGACAAACGUUCUUUCGUUGCCAUUGCGUAAAACUGUUUCCGGGUCAAAUCUGAUUCCCUUCCAUCCACAUGUUAUUCACGUGUUUACAUCUACAUCUUCUCGGAUUAUUAUAUAAGCAUCACUAGCUUAUGAAUGCAUAUUAUUAUAUAAAGUUGUCGUGAAAACAGUAUUCAGAUAUGUCGUCCGGUAAAGAUGAAUCGUCAAGAAAUGUUAAUUAUCAACCCCCGGCGGAUUUCGUGCCCUUUUCGUAUGAUCUCUCAACAAGUGUAUUAUCGGAUGAACACAAGGAGUUAUGGCUCAUCAAAGCUCCAGCUCGUUUUGAUCCAAAAUGCUUUGCAAACCUCAAAGUUCCUUUAUCAGGCUUUGAAAUGGUCCGAUCAAGCGGUACAACGCCUCAAGUGUUCAGUGUUCUAAACAGCAGGACAGCCCCAUCUGACCUUCAUUUGCUCAUUGCCGAUAGGGGUAACCAGACCACUUCCCUCUCUGCCUCUGGUUUCUCUGGUGUCCUCAAUAUCUCCGAGAGUUAUGGAAACUGCAGUGAGAACCAGGGCCCGAUCGCCAUCCCAGCAGCUCCAGCUCCAUGUAUCCCUCCCGGCCUCAAGCAACGCUUCCAGCCUUUCGGUGGUUCUGUUCCAGCUCAUGGUGAUAAGCAAGUCGCCGCGGUUUCUUCCACGUCACCCGAAAGACCACUGGACCCUGAUGUUAGUAGGGAACGAAGGAAAAAGAAGAAAAAGAAAGACAAGCGGAACGAGGUAGAAGCUAAUCGGGAAGAUCAUAUUAAGCAAGAACAGAUGCAAACUGAGUCUCAUCAGAUAGAAUUGCCUGAUGUUCCUUAGCAGGAAGUGCCAGCUGAGGAAAGGAGGAAAAAGAAAAAGAUAAAGAGAGAGAGAAAAAGGAGUGAAGAGACGGUUGAUUCUAGUUCAACAUACAAAACUGAACCACUGGAUCCUUCUUAUCCUGAGUUUGACACUCCUGUGAAAAAGAAAAAGAAGAAGUCUCGAAAUGAGUAGACUUAAACUUGUUUUAUGGAAUAUACCGUCAUUUUCGCACAGGCUUGUAACAUUUAGCUGUCAAAAGGAAAUUCAAAGAUUAUGUACAACACCGUAUAUUAACCCAGAAAUGUUGAUUUUUAAAGAAUCUGUUACUUCAAAUCA